UGACAAGAAAACAUGGCUCAAUGUCAGACCACACUCCCAUUGUUCUCUCAAAGAAUCACAACCCAAAGAUCAAACCCUUCAUCUUCAAUUUUCAUCCCAAUUACUCACAAAAAGAAUUCUAAUUUCACCAUCAUAAAAGCAGACGCAACAAACGGGGAUCGGUUACAGAGAACAAGCAUCAAGAAUCAGCAACCCAUCAAAAAGAGAGUCGCCCAAUCCCCACCAGUUGGGUUAUGGGAUAGAUUUCCGACAGCAAGAACAGUUCAGCAAAUGAUGGACACAAUGGACAGACUAAUGGAGGAGCCACUGGCAUACAACGGUGGCGGAAAUGGUGGUGCGUGGGGAUCUCAGGGACAGGGUACAAGCAGUUACAGCAGGGGAAGGACUCCAUGGGAGAUCAAAGAAGGUGAAGAGGACUACAAGUUGAGAUUUGAUAUGCCUGGAAUGACGAAAGAAGAUGUAAAGGUGUGGGUGGAAGAGAAGAUGCUGGUUUUGAAAGCAGAAAAAGUGAAGAAAGACAACAAUGGUGAAAGCAAUGGGGAAGCCAUUGAUGAGGGGGAAUGGAGCCCUAAAAGCUUUGGGAGGUAUAGUUUUAGGAUUGCAUUGCCUGAAAAUAUACAGUUUGAGAAGAUUAAGGCUGAGGUUAGAGAUGGGGUUUUGUAUGUAACGAUACCUAAAGCACCUGUUUCUUCUAAGGUGUUGGAUAUAAGUGUGCAAUGAGUAGAAAGCAAGCAAUUUUCAAGAUUUUGUUUUUACGAGUGUGAAAGAAAAUUUCAAAGCCUUAAAUACUUAUUGAUGAAAAUUUUGGCUAUUUAAAAAUUGUUAAUGGCAAAUUAAAAGUUGGUAAUGUUGAUUAGUUAAAG